AUGGACCCUGCUUCGGCCGUUGGACUUGCAUCGUCCAUCCUCACAUUCAUCGAUUUCUCCGUUAAGCUCGUCUCCGGCGCACUCGAAGUGUACCGUUCCGCGGACGGCACGCUCGAGGAAAAUGCCCGCCUCGAGCGCGUCAUCGGCGACUUCGACGUGGUCGCGGGUGAGCUAGCGUGUCAGGCGAGUGGUGGUACGCGUGCCGAGCGGUCGAUUCGGGAGCUUGCUCUGGAGUGCCGGCCGGACGCUGAACUCCUCGUCGGCCUCCUUAGGUCGCUGAAAGUGCCCGGGAAGAGGACGCUGUGGAGGAGCGUGGCGGCGCAAUCUGAAAUCAUGUUGAAUAUGGUGCUGCUGCUCAGAUAUGUAGAGAAGAUUGGAGUCGAGCUGGAAAAGGUCAAACUCGAUGUCAUCAAAGAGAUACAAGGCGAUUCUGUCCCACAGGAGCCCGGUGGGGAUGAAAUGGGCAGCUUAGAAGAUGUCAAAACAAGCCUUCGCAAACUUCAGCACGUAACGCGGGCGCUGCCGGUGAAGCAGCGAAUUCUCCGGCAGCUCAUCUUUGACGAAUUGCCGCGUCGGCGAGAGCAGAUAUACCGAGCGGACGACGAGACUUGCGGGUGGGUAUUCGACACGGACAAGCUGGACCCAGAGACGCGGGGCGAUAACCGGUCAAGAGCCAGCCAGGAAAUCGUGGAGUGGCUGCGCGGUAGCAAUGGGGUAUUGCACAUCUCGGGCAAGGCGGGAUCGGGAAAGUCGACGCUCGUGCGCUACAUUGCCCAGCAGCAGCGUACGAUGCAGGAGCUGGCAACCUGGGCCGGCGAGAAGCCGCUCAUCAAGGCUGACUUUUAUUUUUGGAACUCCGGAUCCGAGUUGCAGCGGUCUCAGCAGGGCUUCUUCAGGUCCCUCUUGUUUGAGGUGUUACGCUCGGCUCCCGACCUGAUUGGCGAGGUGUUCCCCGGGCUCUGGUCACGGUAUCAGGGGAGCUGGACGAAAGAGUCUGGCUACAAAUUCUGCUUCUUCAUCGACGGUCUGGAUGAGUAUGAAGGUGAUAUCAUGGCGCAGGAGGAGCUAGCCCUACGUCUCGUCCAGUGGGCUGAAAUGGACAAUGUUAAAAUCCUGACUGCCGCGAGACCUCACCAUGAAUACAACGGCAUCCUUGCGCGCCGAGACAACACCAUCCACCUCCACACGCUCAAUAAGCCGGACAUUGAGGCAUAUUGCAAAACCCGCUUCGCUAAAGAUCGGAUAGCCUGCCGAGAGGGCAAGUCGCUGGACCCGAUUGUGGAAAAGAUCUCGUCGUCGGCCGAAGGAAUCUUUCUCUGGGCAUUCCUCGUCGUGAACAAGCUACUCGAGGCUAUGCGGCAGGGCGACCCGUUACACGUCGUACGGAAAAAGCUCGAUGAAACUCCAAAGGAGCUCAACGAGCUCUACACGAAUCUGCGCAACUCCAUCUCGAGCCCGAUUGAUCGCAAAAGAUGCGACAGGAUGCUCCUUUUGGCGCACCACAUGUUCGUGACGAACAGGGGAACCGUCAUGUUCAUAUCCCAGCAUGUGGUGAGCUUCUUCCACCGAACUGUCAAGGACUAUCUCUUGGAGAACGAAGCGCGGAUGCGAGAACUCGAGGCUUCUUUCCCCCACUUCGACGAGGGCAUCAUCUACGGCAACAUUUUCACCGCGGACCACCUUUUGAUCCGGGGCACUGUUGGCGUGGACGGUCUCGAAAAUCAUCUAAGCGCCACGGCGAGGGACCUUGAAACAUUGGGGAAAGCGGGGGUUCCCUUCCUCGAUAUGCUCCGCGCUCUCCACGACGCCGCCUUUGAGGCCGCCCCCGUCGAGAGGCGGUGCAAAGGAGUCCAAGAGUACGAAGAAGCGGUGGAAAGCGGGGUGAGGUGUGUUAUCCGCUACGGAAAGGAAAAGUUUCACAUGUCUAGCAACCUCAUAUUGGAGCUGAUGAUGAGGACUAACUCCUUGUCCCGCUUCGUCCUCACUACUUCGACAACCCGCUCUCGUUUCCUCCCGCUCCACGGGCUCGAGGACGUCAUUGGCCUCCGCAGCGACCGCCCCAUGUCCUUUAUCCACUUCCUAGCCACUAACCAACACUACGAUUACGUCCUCGAGCAGCUGGCCGCCGACCCGUCGCGCAUCCGUGCGGCGGCCGGCGACGAUUUGAGCCUGCUCGUCUCCGCAAUCUCCGACCCCAAGGACCUGGGAUCCGACGGCGGGGACCGAGGCUUCGGCGCGUUGCUCGAGGCCGAGGAUCUAGAUGAAACCAUUCUCGUGUAUUGGAUCGUGAGCGACCAAGUUGGGACGCUUGACCCGGGGUUCCGCAUGCCCGUCUAUCUAGCGGCGCUGCUGCUGAUCGUAGCCAAAUGCGUGGAGACGACACCGUGCGACGACGGCUUGCCCGGCCGUAAAGUCACUUUUAGAACGACGACCAUCGCGCGCGCCACGGACAGUCUUCUCAAGCACGCGCGUCAACGAGGGAAAGCGUCCCUCCUCGCGCUGAGGCAAGGCAAGGGGAGCGGCAAGGACCCGGGCCUCGUGGCGGAGAUUCUGGCGCACUGCGAGCACCGAUUGGGACUGAGCGGGCUAGAUGCGUUUUUGAGCCGCCGGCGGACCCGAAUAACCCGUUGGGGGAACACCUCGGGGAUCGCGUGGCCGUGA